AUGUUCAUACGAAUAUCCUCACUCGUUUCUUCCGUCCUUGCUGUGCUCCUUUAUGGUGUCAAUGCAGACCCAAACCCUUCAUCUGGAACCUCGGGAUCUGCGCUGUAUCCUCCUGGGCUUACUCCACUAAUUAAUCGCGCAAAUGCUCUCCUAACUGCUGGGCAAUUCAAUGAUGCCGCCAAGGCAUAUUCGGAGGCAAUAGAGCUAUCUCCAGCUGAUUAUUUGCUAUACUACAAGCGUGCAACGGCCUACUACUCGUUAAGCCGACAUCCUGCUGCGCUCGCUGACUUCGACCAGGUGCUCUCUCUGACAUCAAACGCAUUUGACAAUGCAUACCUGAUGAAGGCCCGCAUCUACGCGAAGGAUGGCAAUUUUGCCCAGGCGCGCGACUCCAUUAAGAAGUACACUGCGAAGGUGAAGGACACGUCUGCGCAAGAAGUCUUGUUCUCCAUUAGCGAGGCGGAGCUCGCGGCGAAGAAAGCUGGACAGGCCAUGCGAGCAAAAUUAUGGACUGCUUGUGUGGAAGCGGCUUCGACCGCGCUGCAGACAGCGUCGCAUUCCAUUGAGCUACGUCAGCAGCGUGCAGACUGUGCAGUCGCAGCUGGAGAUAUCGAAGGCGCUGUCGGUGACCUGACACGCCUAACACACUUGACAUCUCCCUCCACGCAGCUCCUGAUGAAGAUAUUCCGUCUCUCCUACUUCCUCGGCCCGUAUGCGCCUUCUAGCCAGGCGCCAUCACCCGCGCUCACAACGCUGAAACAAUGCCUGCACUACGAUCCGGACUCUGCUGCGUGUCUCCCGGCACAUCGGCUUGUCAAGGCGUUCGAGAAGAGUCUUAAGAGCCUUGAGCGGCUCCUCACUGCCGAGGACUGGCGCGGUAUUGUCAGUCUUCUAGCCGGUGUCUCAGGCAAAGAGGGGUUCAUGAAUCAGUUCGAUGCGGCGCUUGACACACACACGACGCGCGCCACGCUCGAUCUCCCUGCGAAGGUUCCCGUGCCGAACGCGCGUCGAAUGUCACCCCGCCGCGAGGCGCUUCUGCGUGCGCUGUGUCGCGCGUACGUAAAACUGGGCGAGGCGAGGAAGGGCGAGCGAUAUUGCGAGGCGCUGCUGGAGAUGGAUGGGCUCAAAGAAGAUGCGGACGGGUUAAUGUGUCGCGCGGAGGUGCUCAUGAUCGAGGAAGAGUGGGAGGAGGCUGUGCGCGUUCUUGAGCGCGCGUUCGAGGCGAGCGGGCGGACGAAUCGUGAGAUUCACCAGAAGCUGCAGAAGGCGCAGAAACUGCUUAAGCAGUCACGGCACAAGGACUACUACAAGAUCCUCGGCGUGGCGCGGGACGCUGACACGAAGACGAUCAAAAAGGCUUAUCGGAAAGCUGCAAUGACGGCUCACCCUGACAAGGGCGGCAGCGAAGCCAAGAUGGCUUCGGUGAAUGAGGCGUACGAAGUGCUCAGCGAUCCAGAGCUACGGCAACGGUUCGACAACGGCGACGACCCGAAUGACCCGAUGUCCCAGCAGGGCGGACAUCCAUUCUCAAGCGGACCCGGGGCACAGCAAUUCGCACAGUUCUUCCAGCAGGGCUUCCCCAGCGGAUUCCAGUUCCACUUCAGUCCACCUGGAUUCCAUGGCCAAGGGCACUAG